UGCAGAAUCCUUUUGGCUUCCCUCAUGGCCACGGUGCGAUAAAAUGGUCGAGAAAGGAGACAUGGCUCACAGCGAAAACGAGUCGGAGAGCGACCCUCAAAAGACUAGCGUGCUAAACGGAGACGAUGAGCUGCCGAGCUUCAGUGAUCCCGAGGACUUUGUUGACGAUAUCCCUGAGGAAGAGCUCUUAGGGGACAUCUUGCAGCACAGGCCCGCGGAGGCUGAUGGUGUCGAGAGCGUCAUCGUUGUUGACAACAUCCCCCAAGUCGGGAGCGACAGGAUAGAAAAGUUAAAAAAUGUUCUCAUGAAGAUCUACUCUCAGUUCGGCGAGAUCAACACAGAGUACAUACCUGUCGAUGAGACGGGCAAGACGAAAGGGUACAUGUUCUUGGAGUACAAGAAUCCUCAAAGUGCACAAGAUGCUGUCAAGGUGACGAACGGACACAAACUUGACAAGCAGCACUCGUUUGUCGUCAACCUCUUCACGGACUUCCAAAAGUAUGAAAACAUCCCAGAGGAGUGGAAACCACCUCAGCCACAGCCAUACGUUGACCACGGAAACCUGAGGCAAUGGCUGCAGAACCCUGACUGCUACGACGAGUACAGCGUCAUGUACUGUGGCGGGGAGAGGGUGGCCAUCUACCUCAACAGCACGCCGGAGCCGACGGUCAUCAAGGACAGAGAGCGUUGGUCCGACAGCGGGGUGAUGUGGUCUCCGCUGGGAUCCUACUUUGCCACCUUCCACCAGCAAGGCAUAGCCCUGUGGGGCGGGCCCAGCUACGCCCAAAUCAUGCGGUUCAGCCACUUUGGCGUCAAGUACAUCGACUUCUCACCAUGUGAAAACUAUCUGGUGACGCUGAGCCCGCCAUCACCUGAGGCUUACGCAGCGCAUCAGAAGGGCCUACCGCCGCCCGAUGACGGGAGCCAGACAGUGAUAAUCUGGGACAUCCGGACAGGCCUCAAGAAGCGCUCGUUCAUUGCCGACGCCGAGAUCACCAGCUGGCCCCUAUUCCGGUGGAGCAGCGAUGACCGCUUCUUUGCCCGCAUGUCGGUGGACAUGCUCAGCAUCUACGAGACGCCCUCAUUCGGCCUGCUGGACAAGAAGUCGCUCAAGAUCGCGGGCAUCCGCAACUUCUCCUGGUCCCCAGUGUCGAACAUCUUGGCCUACUGGGUGGCCGAGGACAAGAAUGUGCCGGCGCGGGUGACUCUCAUCGAGGUGCCCUCCCGCCAGGAGCUCCGUGCCAAGAACCUCUUCAAUGUGGCCGACUGCAAGAUGCACUGGCAGAAGUCGGGCGACUACCUCUGCGUCAAGGUUGACCGCUACACCAAGGCCAAGCGGGAGAAGAACGAGUGGAAGUACAGCGGGAUGUACUUCAACUUUGAGAUCUUCCUCAUGAAGGAGAAGCAGAUUCCCGUCGACAGUCUCGAGAUCAAAGACUCAAUUGUGGCGUUUGCCUGGGAGCCCGUGGGCAGCAAGUUUGCCAUCAUCCACGGGGAGAGCCCGCAUAUCUCUGUGUCCUUCUACGGGGUCAAGCCCGGCGCAUCGGCUGUGCUGCUCAAGAAGUUUGAGCGCAAGCAAUGCAACCAUCUCUUCUGGUCGCCCAGCGGGCAGUUCAUCGUGCUCGCCGGCCUGCGAACCAUGAACGGGACCCUCGAGUUCAUUGACACUGCCGACUUCACUAUGAUGAACACAAAUGACCACUUCAUGGCCUCGGAUGUGGAGUGGGACCCCACCGGACGUUAUGUUGUUUCCGGGGUCAGCUGGUGGCUGCACAAGACGGACAAUGCCUACUGGAUCUGGUCCUUCCAAGGGCGGAUCCUCCGCAAGUGCAACCUGGAUCGCUUCUGCCAGCUGACGUGGAGGCCCCGGCCUCCUUCUCUACUCACCGAGGAGAAGCUGAAAGAGAUUCGCAAGAAUUUCAAGAAGUACUCGGAGCAGUUCGACCUCAAGGACAAGGCCUCGCUUAGCAAGGCGUCCAAGGAGGUCAUGGAGAAGCGGAAACGGAUGUUGGAGGAGUACCGGGCCCUCCAGGAGCGCAAGACGCAGGAGUACAACUCCAUGCGCGACAUCCGUAUGCAGCUCCGAGAUGGUGUGGACACGGACGAGCUGGACAGCAACUUGGAAGACUUGGAAGAAGAAGUGGUUGAGUUCCUCGUGAAGGAAGAAGAAGUACCCCUAGACGCUGGUGACACAGACUGAACUCAGCUGAGAGAGAAUGAGCCAUGUCUCCUCCAGGCCAUCCUGGUAGCUGCUCAGAAAAUAAAUGCCUCCUUGUUUAUCAA